CCAUCACCCAUCCACCUCCCCACAUCCACCGACGAUGAGGACACAUCUCCUCCUCCUCCCCGCCGCCCUCGCUGCGACACAGGUCUACAUGUUCCCCGCGCCCGCGGGCGCACAUGCACCGACACUCAACGUCGCGCAGGCAAGCGCGGUCAUGUCGCACCAUCUCGGCGGCGACGUCUCGGCGCACGACACGCCCGAGGACGAGGGUGUGUGGGCACACCUGAUGCGUCUUUGGGAUGGCGGGGAGAAACGCGCACACGUCGUGAUUCUCGAGGGCGGCGAGAUGCAGGACAUUCUCCCUGCCUCCCUCUCCUCUCCCUCAUUCUACCUCGCCGACGAUGCCGAGUCCGUUCUUGAGCAGUUCAAGCCCGCUGCUGCAGAGGCGCUCGACACCGUCGCCCGCCUGCCCGUCGCCAAGUACGUCAAGGAGCUGCUCGGCGAUCUCAACCUGGCAACUAGCAAGAUCGGACAGGCGCUCACGCACGAGCUCGCUGCGCUCAUCGCCCUCGCUGACCCGCUAUGGCCAUCGUGGUCGUCCACAUCUGGCGGCUGGAACGCAGUGCGCAUCCGCCUCGUCGAGGCAGCCCAGGACUCGGCGCUGUGGGAAAUUGUCAGCCCCGCCGUCCAGAACGGCUUGAAGAGCGUGACGAAGCCCGACUCACCCCCUCUGCUUGUGAUUGUCAAGGACACCAACACCCAGCCGCUAUUCCACUACGCACGCCAGGUCGAGGCUGACGCACCCGCUGUCGAGGCUGCCAAGAACAAGACCAACUCUACCGGCACCGACUACUCUGCGCCAUUCGUGCUCCUCACCGGCACCACGAUCCUGCUGCUGUUCUUCGUGAUUGGCGGCGUCGCGCUGCUGUUCAGCAUCGGCGAGCAGUCGCUGCCGUCCACGCUCAACCUCAGCGUGGGGGGGCGGAAGCAUGACUAGGCUAUGAGACGUAACGUAAUGCUACAACAGUAGAUGCACAAUGUUGCGGAGG